UGCCAGGACAGUCACCAAUCGGUUCAAUUUGGUUUUGGCCGUCUUGUUUAUGUGCUAUUAUUUAAGCGAAUUUGCUUUGCGGUGCAUCAACUUUCUUGUUUGAGUACCGAGUAUCUGUAUUAUUUUGAUUAAUCCCAGUGGAAAGCAUAACGACCUGAAGCCAACAAAUUAUUCCCAUUGUUUGUGCGGUGCGUGCCUGCUACACGCGAGGGGCGAGGGAGCGUAUAAUAUUGGCAUCUUCCACUGCAGCUGCAGUUCUCUUGAAGAUGUGACUGAAACUUCACCAAAGCAUCCUUAACUAGCCUUGCAUUUAUUUAACACAUGCGCUAAAAACAGAACAAAGAUGGCCCAUAAUUUCGCAAAGAAAAUUGCGGAGAACAAGCUGAAGGCUUUUUCCAUUGGAAAUAUGGGGAAACGUACGUUGUCAAAAAAGGAGCAGGAAGAGUUAAAGAAAAAGGAACAACAAGAGGCCGCAGCCCAGGUUUUCCAAGAGUUUGUUGAAACUUUCCAAGAAGCACCAGUAAAAUCAAGUAAAGUUUGGGUUAAAGCUGGAACCUACGAUGCAGGAAGGAGACAGGAAGACACUCGAGAGAGGGGCAAAUUAUACAAGCCUACCUCCAGGCUGGCAGAAAGUAUGGAGAAAGGCAGCAGCAGCAGUAGUUCAUCAAGGCACAGUCAUGAUUCCAAACCAGAUAAACCUGGAAAGAAGAGAGAAAAGGAAAAGAAAAAGAGCAACCUAGAACUUUUUAAAGAAGAACUUAAAAUGAUCCAGGAAGAGAGGGAAGAAAGACACAAGUACAAACAAGUUAUAUCGGGUCACCCCAGCAAGUACAGCGAUGAAUCGUCAGCAUCUCUUGCAAUGGCAAAGGGAGAGACUGAUCCCAACACUACCAAUCUCUAUCUUGGCAACCUCAACCCAAAAAUCAGCGAGCAGCAGCUGAUGGAAAUUUUUGGGAAGUAUGGUCCGUUAGCUAGCAUCAAGAUCAUGUGGCCCCGGUCAGAUGAGGAAAAAGCUCGCGGGAGGAACUGCGGUUUUGUGGCAUAUAUGAACAGAAAGGAUGGAGAACGAGCACUCAAGCACUUAGGAGGCAAAAUGAUAAUGGACUACGAAAUGAAACUUGGCUGGGGAAAAUCUGUACCAAUCCCGUCAUACCCUAUCUACAUUCCACCAAGUCUCGCCAAGUUGAUGAUGCCUCCUCCGCCUUCGGGACUUCCCUUCAAUGCUCAACCUAGCUACCAAGACAAGGACAAGAUUCCGCCUAUUGGCACCCCAUAUCCAGAAGCAGAAGACCCAAACAAAGAAGAGUUCGACAAGAUAUUGUCCAGGGCUGUUGUGAAAGUGGUUAUUCCCACGGAGAGGAACUUGCUGUCUCUGAUACAUCGAAUGGUGGAGUUUGUUGUUCGGGAAGGUCCCUUGUUUGAAGCCAUGAUUAUGAACAGAGAAAUAAAUAAUCCCAUGUUCAGGUUUUUGUUUGAGAACCAGAGCCCAGCGCACACCUAUUACAGAUUUAAGCUGUUCUCUAUCCUCCAAGGUGACCCCCAGAACAAAUGGAUUACUGAAGACUUCAGAAUAUUUAAAGGUGGUUCCAUCUGGAGACCACCUCCUAUGAAUCCUUUUACGCAAGGAAUGCCUGAAGACCUGGUGGAGCCAGAUCCAUCAGAGCCAAAGAAAGGCGAACUUUCUGUUGCGCAAAGAGAUCGGUUUGAGAACAUGAUCAGGAACUUGACUCCACAAAAGCAAAAAAUUGGGGAGGUGAUGGCUUUCUGCAUGGAACACUCAGAGGCAGCUGAGGAAGUCUGCGAAUGCAUUGCAGAAUCCCUCAACAUAGGCACUACUGCCAUGCAUAAGAAGAUUGCUCGUCUCUAUCUGAUUUCUGACAUCCUGCACAACUGCGGGGUGAAGAUCACAAACGCAUCAUUCUACAGAAAAGGCUUUGAGUCAAAACUGCCUCAAAUAUUCAUCAGCUUCAGUGAUGCAUACAAAAGCAUAGAGAGCCGAUUAAAGGCAGAGGCAUUUAAAAUGAGAGUCAUGCAAGUGUUCCGAGCAUGGGAAGACUGGACCAUUUAUCCUAGAGACUACCUUAUCCGAUUACAGAACAAUUUCUUGGGACUUUCAAAGCUCCUUAACCUUGAGGAAGAACCUGGAGAAGAUUCAGCAGAGAAUGAUGACGAGAGUGAAGAUCUUGACGGCAUUCCCCUUGAUGGCUCAGCUCUUAAGGCAGCAAGAGAUCGACUCAUAAAUGAUGAUCCAGAUCUAGACGGAGUACCAUUGGAUGAUGAUAUCGAUGGCAUUCCAAUGGAUGAUGAUGGGCGGCAUUACGGUGAUUUGAAACCAGCCGGGUUUGUUCCUUCAAAGUGGGAGACAGUCGACCCUGAACAAGUUGAGGCGCAAGCAAUGACAACUUUGAAGUGGGAGUCUCUUGAGAAUUCAAAUACAAGGAGUGCAGAUGAUGACAAUGAUUCUGAUGAUGGAGUUGUCACUGACGAUUUGGAAGGAGAAUUUGAGAGCCGGGAGAUGACGGAAGAAAGAAGGGCAAAGUUGCGUGAAAUUGAGUUGAAGGUCAUGACUUUCCAAGACCAAUUGGAAAGUGGCGACCGGUCUAUGAAGCCAGGCUUUAGCAUUUUGCAACAGGUUGAGCACUACAGGAAAAAGCUUCUCAGAAAGGCCGAACGCAGUGAGAGAGAAAGAGAAAGAUCAAAUGAUGACAGGCGUGAAAGCUCCUCGCGUCGCCGACGUAGAGACAGCGUGUCGCCUGAUGAAAGCCACUACCAUUACAGCAGCAGUUCCAGAAAACGACGAUCAAGAAGCAAUUCACCUCCCUCACGUCGCUCCCAUAGAUCCCGAAGCAGAAGCCCUAGGCGAUCUUCUAGAAGAUCUCCAUCUCGAUCCCCCCCAUACCGAAAAGGAAGAAGUUCAGUCUCGCCACCUUCAAAGAGACACAAACACAAGCAUAAGCACUAAGAACUGGCAUUUUACCUAGCAGAUCAAUUCUGAUAGGUGGUGUAUGUUUUGUAUUAAAAUUCCAAGGUACAUUAAAAUUCUUCCAAAUGAAA